CAAGUAGACGCGCAACUCUCUACAACUUGUUUAUUCUUGUUACCAUUGGUAAAAGACAAUUAAACCAUUCAAGACUGAAGGAAGACAUAUUUGAUUUUUAUUUUUCUUUUAUUUUUUGAAGAAACCUUUGCAAAUUAACUUCGGAUAUCAUUUAAGAGAAGUCAUGGCUGUCCAAGGUAAAAAAGCCACCAAACAAUUUUCAUCAUCAACAACUUCUAUGGGUUCUGAUGAAGAUCUCAAAGUUUACUGUCAGCCAUGUGAUCGAGAUGGACCUAGACUUCCUGCUCACGGCUAUUGUACAAACUGUUUAGAGCAUUUGUGUGAAACAUGCUUUACAGUACACAAAAGACAUACAUUAUCAAGACACCAUACUCUACAAGACAAAUCUAGCAUGCCUCAGACUCUGUCACCUGUAACUCCAAGACAAUCAGAUAACUUCACAAAACCAUGUCCUAAACACAACAUGGAGAUGAUCAAGUUUUACUGUUAUGACCAUGAGGCUUUCCUCUGUAGUGUUUGUGUCACACUUGACCAUACUGCAGCAUCUUGCAAAGUCAAUUAUAUACCAGACAUUUCAGACAAGGUCACAGACAGCAAAGAAUAUCAAAACAUAUUGAAGGAUAUCAAUGACAUGACAGAAAGAUCUAGCAAAACACUUCAAGACAUUAAGAAACGAAAUGAUGAAUCAAACAAAUCCUUAUCAGAUGCUUUGACAGACAUAAAGAAAUUCCGGACAAAAAUCAACCAAAGGCUGGAUGAAUUAGAAAGAAUAGUCAAGGAGGCUGCACAAGUCAUCCAAAAAGACAACAGCAAGACAUUGAUGAAAGUAGAAACAGUAUGUGGAGAUGUACAAAAAUGUCUGAAGUCAUCAAUGGAUGCUGUUAAACAUUUCAACACAUCCAAACAAGCCAAUGAUUUGUUCAUGGAACUAAAACAAGCCAAACAGAUGAUAAAAGAUUAUGAGCAGAGUGUUGCCUUGCUCUCAGAAACUGAAGUCAAAGAAUACAACUUUGAACCAAAUGAGGCAAUAUCAAAUCUACUUGAUAAAGAGAAAUCCAUUGGGACAUUGAGAACCAAAACAUUAAAACCAGAUUUGAAGUCUAGACAAAAGUUACAUAUCGAUAAAAUCUGUAUCAAAACAUCACAAGAUAAGGACCAUUGCUAUAUACAAGGAAUGACUCUCCUUACUCCUGAUCUUCUAAUCGUCACAGAUUGGCUUAAUAAUGCCAUAAAAAUGAUUGAUAUCAACAGAAAGUCUGUACUAGCUCAGCAAAGCUUUGCCAGUCAACCUACUGAUGUCACAUCAGUUUCACGAAAUGAAGUAGCAGUCAUAUUUCCAGGCUAUCAAACUGUUCAGUUUAUAAAUAUAUCUCAAAAUAACUUCAGCAACAAGCACACUGUGACGGUUGAUGGAUCAUGUUUCGGUAUAAGCUGUCACAAUGAUAAAAUGGUUGUGUCAUUUUUGUAUCCUCGUAAAGUUCAAAUCCACCUUAUCAAUGGAACUCUAUUACAGACCAUCCAAAAUAUGCAUAUUUUCAAAACACCAAAAUAUAUUGCAACAAGUGACAAUUGUAUCUAUGUAUCUGAUCCUGAAAUGAAAACAGUUACCAAGUUAAACUGGCAGGGUGAGGUGAAAGGCAAAUUUGUUUGUUCAGGACAACCUUACGGCUUGGCAACAUCAGAAGAAGGGAGUUUAUAUUUUUGUAAUUUUGACAGCAAUGCCAUAGAAGAGAUAUCCCAGGACUUUACUGAAGGGAAGAUUGUCGUUAAGGAUAUAAAAAAGCCCCAGAAUGUCUUCUGGUCUGGCGAAAGAUGUACACUGUACGUAAGCAGUAGCUUUGGGAAUGAUACAAAUGAAGAUAACUUUAUCAAAAUGUUCAAAAAGUAAUGAUUAGAUAAAUCGCUGGGAUGUGUAUAAAUGUAUGAAGAAAACAAGACAGGAAGCUAAAUGUCAAACACCCUGUUUCGUCACACACCUAAUAUGUAUAACUUGAAAACAACAGAAUUUUUUUUGCAGAAUAUAUUAACUUGCAAUCGUAAAACUUCACUGCUUCUUGUGUUUCUUCCUGUUCAGGCAGGCCAAUAUUGUACAUCAAAAAUUUGAAAGCAGCUUUGCAGAAAGUGCAUUAUUUAAGGGUCCUUGCGUCAUACCAUCAUGUCAAACAAUUAAGUUCAUGUUAUAUCAUUAGCAGACAAAAUUUUAAGUUUUAUCAACAUGAAUACCAUUGCAGUGAUAAUUGUUUGUACCAACAUAUUAAUAAUAUCUG